AUGGGCAACAAUAUCUCUUAUCAGCAAAAGCCCGUGGACCUGAGUCUGGGCGGCAAAGGUACGAUCCGUGGCCUCCAGUUCGACGACAAAUCUCGCCGAUUUACAGGCGUUCCGUAUGCGCUUCCCCCGAUCGGAGAAAACAGAUGGCGCAAGCCGCAACCGUUGCCGACCUCAUACUCAUACACCGAUGGGAACGGAGGAGCAUAUGAUGCGACAAAAUUCAAGGCAGUGUGCCCCCAGAAAGCUUUCCAUGUGGUGAAGCCCGAUGGCGGGGGCGCUGCACACAGCGAAGACUGCCUGUACGUCAACAUCUGGACUCCUGUUCCCAAGGAAGGCGAGGAAAACAAGAAGUGGCCGGUAAAGCUCUGGAUUCAUGGCGGCUGGUUUCAGAUGGGAGAUCCUUCGCAAGAGCCGGGGAUGGACGCUACAGAGCUGAUAACGACGGGCGGACUGAAUGCCAUUGUUGUGGCGAUCGGAUACCGACUGAACGUCUUCGGAUUCCUUGCCGGAGAGGACAUUCUGAAGGAUAGCAACGGAGAAGCUGGAGGAAAUUUCGGUUUACUCGAUCAACGUGCGGCGGCCGAGUGGGUGCGAGACAACAUCUCAUACUUCGGAGGCGACCCGGAGAACAUCACACUCGCAGGUCGGAGUGCUGGAGCAUACAGCGUUGAAGCUCAAAUGUUGUACGACUUCCGCAAACCUGGCGACAAGUCUUCGCUCUAUCGACGAGUUUUCAUGGACUCCAAUGCGAUUCCUGCGCAGCCCAAGUCUUUGGCAGACGUUCAGGGCCAAUUCGAUGAGCUUUGCGCAUACUUCAAGAUCGACGCGGGUUUGACAGGUACCGAGAAGCUGGCCAUUCUGCGUCAGAAGACUUCCGACGAGCUUGUGCAGGCCAUUCCUCAUUUGAAGAAUCACACAUUCCGACCCGUUACGGAUGACUUGUUUAUACACUCGGGAAUGAUAGAGUAUCUUCAAGGGAAAGAGUUCGCCGAUGAGUUCAAGAGGCGAGGUUACAGACUUCUCAUUGGAGAAGUGCGUAACGAGGAAACAUUGUACUCUUCGUACAACGCGCCUACCGAACCGACACUAGAGGCCCUCCGACUUCAAAUCUCCAACUACUAUGCCCCGGAUGUCACCGACCGAGCUAUUCAGCAGUACAAGUUACCAGGAUCAGACAAGUUGGAGGAUUGGCAGAAGACGUUUGGUUCGAUCGUGGCUGACGGCCAAGUGCGAGCGCCUUCUCGGGCGUUGGCGAAGGCGCUAAUUGACAACGGCGUCGACAUUCGAGACGUAUGGCGUUACCAGAUCGCGUACCGUCUAUCCUUUAUCGAUGAGAAGGUGGCGCCGGCUUCUAUGGGCGUCGCCCACGCGAUGGACAGGCCCAUUUGGAAUUUCUCCAUUUGCCAUGGCCCGACCCCGGCGGAAAGACAGUUGAUGGCGGACUGGAUUCAGAUUCUGGUGGCUCUUGUGAAUGACGACGACACAUACAGAUUCGGCACGACAUCGAUUGACCAGAUGAAAGUAAUGACGCCGGAGGGCACAAUUGACAUUCGACCAGAUGAGCGUUGGGACGAGCUGAUACACUUGGGCAAGAUCCUUGCUGGUAACUAA